AUGUCUCAAUUCUCUGACGCUGGCCCCUCUUCCCAAUAUGAAGGUGAUACAGAUAAUCUCUCCUUUCCUCGGUCUGACGAUGCCUAUCUCAUUGCCACCGAGCGGCCAAGCAGUCAGCAAACAAUCGUUUCAGUCUCAGGUUCACCCUUCCUUCGACCACCACCACCUUCGAUUCCUCAGUGCCUUGAGCACGUUGGCCCCAGACGAACAAAGAACUUCAUUCUUUAUUCAAUCAUGAACAAGGUGGACUUUAUGGAGUGGUGGCUCCAGACAAUGGCGGCAGCUGAGAGAGAUAAUGCGCCGAAAGUCGAUCCUAGACGCAAAUUUGAGUGGGAUGGAACCAGAAAGCACUCGACAAGCUGGGAAAAUUUGGAUCAGGUGGCACAUAUUUCCACGGGUACACCAAGCGUGAUGUGUAAAAGAUGCGGAAACAUUCUUGAUCACCCGAACUGGAGAUCGAAUGGAACAAAGUCUGUUAACCGGCAUCGGACGACUAACAGGUGUAAAUUAGCCUCCAGUCAAAAAGGCCAGCAAGCAAAACUACGUCAGCUUUUCAAGAAACCGUCACUGUACUCCGGCUUCCGUUCCAAGUUGUCGAAAAUCCAGAACUACAAAUGCUUUGCCGCCUAG